UGAGUCACCGGUGAGCGUAACACGAAAACACACAAUAUUACCCGAACAGGCAUCAUACGUGGAGUGUUUAAAUAAAAUGAUAAGAUAAAGGAAAAUGUAUCAUCCGAAAAGAAAUAUACGAUCCCACAUAAUCAGAUCGGGUUGUCCAUUACGUACUAAAAUUCGGUGUGCCAUCACCGCCAAAACGAAAAUAAUGUUCGCCGUCAGUUUUGGGAACGUCUGCCUGUGCCUGGUCCUCCACCUGGUGAUAGGGAAAUCAUUGGAUUUGCAGUAUGGAUAUCAAGAAAUAGAAGAACCCUUUCCAAUUUCACAAACAAAUCUAGAAGAAGAGAAAAUACUGGAAUUCGAUCGAUUAUCUAACGAUGGCAUAGAGGAAAUAUGCAAAAAUUUCAAAGUGGCAAUACACAUAAAAGAACCAGAGUCUUAUAUCAACUGUCCUGAACAUUUAUUCGAUAGGAGCAGAAGUUUGGUGAAGAGGAAUGUAGACGAAUUAGAAGGUUCUGGAGAUUCAGACCAGACCGUUACAACAGUGGAUGAUGUGACAACAGACCAAGCUGUACAAUCUAACGCCGAACCAAAAAAGGUCGAAGAUGCUUCAGAACCAAAUGUACAAGCUCCACCAGAAGUUGAACCGAAAUCUGAAGAGCCAAUACCAGUUUCGUCCGAAAAACCUGAAAGUACUCCAAUAGAAAACUUGUUUGAAGGUGGAUUCGACAAGAUAUUGCAGAGUAUACCAAAAGGGCAAAACAGUACUGAUGAUUCCAAAAAUUCCCCUGCUACUUUGAAGAAUUCCAAUCCAAAAGAACAAUCCGAAGGGGAGGAUGCAAAAACCGGGGAAUCCAAGGAAAAACCAUCUGCUGCAUCGCCAAAUACCAUGCUACUGAUAGUUAUUGGUGCUCUAGGAUUGGUAGGAGCAUUGGCAUUCGUCGUAAACUUCUUAAGGAGCAGGAGGGAAAACAGAGAAAUCGACGAAGUUGUUGAAUUAGAGGCUGAAGGGAAGGAACUGAAAGAGAUGAAACCACUGAUGAAAAGCCCCCUGGCUCAAAACGGAGCCAAGUCUUUAGAGUACAUAGAUGCAGACCCACAAAUCCAAGUUACGACAAGGGUGGAACUUGACCGAGAAUCUUAAUUCAGAAUGGAAUUUAUUCAUAAAGUAUUGUUAAUUGCUAGAAACAUCACACCGAUUAAUGAAUCGAUCGAAAAUUAUAGCUGAGUAAGAUCAAGUAAUUUGUAGGUUACACUUUUUUACAAUAAUAAAAUUUGUAGUUUUUA